AUGAGGCUGUCUGUGUCCCUCCUGCUGGUCACUCUGACCCUUGGCUUCUUUGAGGCAAAUGCAGUGCCGUGUCCAGAACUUCUUAAAGAAUGCACAGAAUUUAUAAUUGCUCCUGAAGAAUUGUACAAGGUAGAGCUUUCCAAAUUCAAUGCACCUCCGGAAGCUGUUGAGGCAAGACUGGAAGUGAAGGAAUGCGUAGACAGGAUAUCCUGGAUAACUAAAGCACAACUUAUAAAAAUCAUGGAUACUCGCAUCUCUGCUGCCACAUGGAAAGGUUUCAACGUCUUGCCGUAA